UCAAGAUAGCAAGUCACUUCUCUGUGUAAAAAAAGAAAAAACUAAUCAAAGCAAGAUGAUGGACCCACUGAUAAACGAAGAGUCUUCUUAUGCCCCAAAACAGACUUACUUCAAUCCAUAUGCCAUGAAUGGAGGGACUUGUUUGGCAAUAGCUGGAGAGGAUUUCGUUGUUGUGGGUUCAGAUACAAGGUUAAGCCAAGGAUUUUCUAUCCACACAAGGGAUUUACCCAAAACAUAUAAACUAACAAACUCAACAGUGUUAGGAGCUUGUGGAUUUCAUGGAGAUGUGUUAACUCUAACAAAAGUUUUAAAUGCUCGAUUAAAGAUGUUUGAACAUGAGCACCAUAAAAAGAUGACUACAUCAGAGAUAGCAGCCAUGUUGUCCACUAUGUUGUACCACAGGAGGUUCUUCCCUUACUAUGUAAACAACAUAAUAGCAGGACUAGAUGAGGAAGGUAAAGGUGUAGUGUACAGUUUUGAUCCGGUAGGGUCCUAUGGAUCAGAUGGCUACAGAGCAAAAGGAUCAGCAGCUCCUAUGUUACAGCCAUUGCUAGAUAACCAGAUUGGACUAAAAAAUCAGCAGAAUGUCCCCCGAGUACCACUGUCAAAGGAAAAAGUGGUGAAGCUGGUAAAGGAUGUGUUUAUAUCAGCAGCUGAGCGUGAUAUUUAUACUGGAGAUGCAGUGGUGCUUCAUAUCAUUACCAAGGAUGGCACAACCACAGAGCGUUACCCACUUAGAAGGGAUUAACCACAGGGAACAUUCGGAUUAUCUCUUAUAGUGCUAUGUGAACAACUUAAAAUGUUACAUGUGAUUAUGACGUGCAACUCAGUGUUUAUUUCAUAAAGAAAAUUGGAAGUACAUCAGUAAAAGAUAUCAUUUAUUCAUUAAAUUUUGUAAGAAACAGAU